AUAAGGUUGUCCACUGUUGCACACGUAUGAAAGUGUCCGAGUGUCUUAUCUGAUAAAUCAGAUUAAGCCAGACGUACGAAAACGCCACACCUACCAAAUUCUACGCCCUUGGAGUGGGUUUGAUAAAAGAAAAUAAUCACAUACGUGGCCCUGUGAUGGUCUGGCUGCCUGUCCAGGGUGCUUCCUCGCCUGCCGCCUAGUGACUGCUGGGAUAGGCUCCAGCACCCCGCGACCCUGAGAGCAGGAUAAGCGGUUUGGAUAAUGGAUGGAUGGACGGAAUCAAGAUAUUCACUCGCAAAACAUUUGCCCUCAAGUUUGACAUGCUGCAGAAGGCUCUUGAUCUGACAGUCUCGUCUCUGUCACAAACCUGCGAAAGAAUUACAAAGGGAGUGGGCAGCACUAUGAGAGCACCUCGACAGCAGGACCAGCAGAGUAGACAUCGCUUCAGGAUCCUUAAUUCCCUGAUUUUUAAGGCUGUAUCUGACCUUCUGCAAUCCGCACAGGUCAGCAGGGACCUUCAAAGAUACAGCCCUGAGAUCUCUAAGGUUUCCCUCGUCCCAGACUUUUCAAGUUGUCAUGUUUUCUGGAAGAGCAGUGGAGAGUCAGAGAGAGAUCAGCUUGUUCAGAGAGCUUUGGAUAGAAACGGCCCUUCCAUCAGGUAUCUGAUCAUGUCUCAGCAGAUAAUGGGUGGAGUCCCUCCUCUCGUGUUUCUCAAAGACAAGCAGCUUGCUAUCAUGGAAGAGGUGGACAGAUUGCUACUGCUUGCUGACACUGGCCCUGAUCUUCCAGAAAUAUUUCCUGAUGACAGACAUAGCCCAUUGCCUGCAGUUGAUGGUGCAGCAGGUUCAAGUUCAGUGCACCCAUCAUUGUUUGGCGUUGACCAUGAAGUGUUGAACCGGCAGAUUAUUGAGUGGCGGUUGUCCACAGGGGAGCGACAUCAUAUGCCCCCCGAAUUUACACAGGAACAACUGGCUGUCCUUGAACAACACAGAAAGCAGCAGAUCAUCAGAAAGAGGAAAAAGAAGACUCUGUCCCUUGAUGAUGGUGUAACCCCAAAACAGUUAUUGCUGCCACAACAUAUAAACAUCACACCCCAGUUUCACAGUGAACGACAGGAGUCAGAGGAGGAUGGAGCCUUCAAACAAGAAGAGGCUCAGCUACUACAACUGAUGUCAGAAAAAGAAAUGGUUUAGUGACCGAAGGGAAUCUGCCUUUUCUCUUCAGUCGUGAUUUUGAUGUCAGUGUUGUCCUUGAUUAUCAUUUCAUUAGUAAUAUGCUUGUCCAUGCAAGAGAAGAUAUACUUUAAGUACCUGUUAGAGGCUGAUAACACUGGACUGCAGUUGGAGAUUGAGACUGAGUACUGAUCAAGGUUUUACUUUGGGACUGUGACAUCAAAAAAAUACUGUUUAUGGUCUUUUCAAACUUAGAAGAAUUUUGAUCAGUAGUUUUCUUUUCCCAUUCAUUUUUUUUACAGAAGCUCUGAAUGGCUAGGUGUCUUUUUUUAUUGUGUUACCAAUUUCUGACCUGACAGACAGACAGACAGACAGACAGACAGACAGACAGAUAGACAGAUAGAUAGAUAGAUAGAUAGAUAGAUAGAUAGAUAGAUAGAUAGAUAGAUAGAUAGAUAGAUAGAUAGAUAGAUAGAUAGAUAGAUAACUUUAUUAAUCCCAGAAGUGGAACUACAUUUGCCACCAGACAAGUAGACAAAGACGGUCGUCAUGCAGUAAAGAAAAACACAGUCAAAAGCAAUCAUAGACUGGUCAUGGCUUGUCAGGCUAAAGAUCUAACUGAUAUAAACAGCAACAAUACAAAAGACCAAGCGCAGUUAUAAUCCAGAGACCAGUUUGAUAUAUGUUUUCUAGAGGCCACUACAAGUUCUCAUUAAAGAAUUUGACUGGGUUCCGCGGUAGUGUAGAGGUCUAAGCAUCGCCUUUGUGUCGAUGCAGUUGCCCACUGGGGACCGGGGUUCGCGCAUCGGUCUCGUCAGAUCCGACUAUGGCCGGAAUCGGUGAAUUAGCAAUAAUUGGCAACGCUGUCUUCGGGAGGGGGGCGGAGUCGGCUUGUGUUCGUCACAUGAAUGUGUCUCUGUAUGUGUCGGAAAAAGCAGUGGUUCGGCCUGGAUUCGCCUUGUCACGGAAGUGGCGAGGUGUCUCCUUCAAGACUGCCGGCCGGAGAGAUGCAGUUGGCGAACGCAUGCAGUACGAGUGUUUGAACAAAAAUGGGGAUCGAUUGGCCACUAAAUUCGGAGAAAAAGGGGAAAAUCAGAAAAGAAAGAAAAUAAUUUGACUGCAGAUGGAACAAAGCAGCUCAUAAGUCUCACAGAGGUAGCGCCACUCAUCCCCAUCCGGAGUUACUAAACUGUUUGGACAAGUUACUGAGGAUACUAAAAAAUAGUUUAUAUUAUGUCUUAAUUUAAAAAACAUUGUUGAGACUAUAUUAAUGCACAAUUUUUGAUUUUGAUCAAACGGUUCUAUGCCCUUGCAUCAGCACUCCCAUGCUGUGAUAUGACUGUGAUAUGAUCUGAUAGUUGUUUUAACUGUUGAACAGCCAGCGUUCCAUAAGUACUAGAAUGACCAUAGCAUUAAUUUUUACCCUUUCUAUGUUCCUUGUAUUUAUAGACCAUAAUACGCAAUCAACUGAUAAAUAAAUGAAAAUAUCAGAAUAGGUCAUAAG